GGAAAGAAAACAAAAUAUAUAACGCUCUGCGUUCCUGAUUCCUCAUCUGAGUUUCAGUCUCUCUUUUGGCACUUUUGGCGCCUCCAACCCUUUUACGCAUCAACACGAUCAUGUCUCCGAAUCUGCUGAGCCUCCUGCUCCUCUCACUGGGCCUGUGCGCGUGGGGCAGAGCUGUGCGCGAGGACGCGGCGGAGGUUUCCUCUGUCUCAGGUCGGGACUGCACCCUGCGCUGCACCGCCGAGCAGAAGCCCGGGGUCCAGUACAUGGCAGUGAGGUGGUACAAGGAGCUCAGGACUUCCCCGACACCUGGUUCAAAGGGCCUCGUCUCCAGAAACCUCCCCGGCGGCGCGACAAGCAGGUACGAAAGCUUGGACAUGGCCGUGGACUUUCAGGGGGAAUCCCAUGACCUCUUCCUGCCCAACCUGACCUGCAGCCACAGCGGCGUGUACACGUGUUACCUGGCUGCACCUGUGGGAGAGCAGAACCGGGAGGGGAAGGUGGUCCUCACUCUAACAGAUUGUCCUGCUGAACCCACACCUGCUCCCGCUGACGCCACAGUACCUCCUGACUUCCCUGCAGUUAAACUGCUGGCAGACACCACGCUGCUUUUCGCCUCAGCGUUGCUGCUGAUGGCACUGGUCAUAUUCGUAAUAAGCUACAGCUGCUUGAAGAAUACUUUCCGGGAAAAGGGGAGGACGACAAAAAAAGAGAUCCUGCUGAACGCACCGCUCAAACCGCUGGAAAAGAAGGACUUAAUGUUGAUCUAUACUCUGGGUCCCAAAGCAACGAUGAAGCACAUCUGUGUUUGAAGAUGGGUUGGUGUCAGAAGUGCGACGGUGCUGUUCGUUCCCUCUCAGAGACACAACACUACGCUGGAACCCAGAAGUGUUCUGCAGAGUUGGGAUCAGAGGGUCACCCAGGUCUGGGUCUGGGGCCACAUGACGAGGAGUGUCCGGGAAAGAAGCGAGCGAGUCAGCGUGGGGAUUGUUGGGGCUCGCUGCUUCUCUGCUGUGAAGGAGGAAAAGUCAACCGGCGAGGAACAUUGUAAACGCACAAUCAUCUGCAUGAUCUGCUGUGUUUCUAGCAGGUUUGUAGGAACUUUUACAGAAGCUGGCAACUUUUUCAAAGUUCUCAUUUAGUCAAAACAGGAAUGGAUCACACUAGAUUAUUUAUUUUUGCUUAUUGUUUUUUUCUGGUAGCGGGUUUGGAGUGAAUAGAUGUUACUGAUCAACCAAAACGAGGUCUCCGGAGUCCAGAAUUUACUGGACGAAUUAAACACUGGAUAUUAGUUGUAAAUUGUUUUGUUGUUUUAUAUAUUUAAAGUGUGCACAUUUUUAUUAAUAAAAUGGAAUUUGAAACAUC